AUGGAGUCCGCGUGGUCGCUGCUCUUCAACACCGUGUGCACCGCGUACGCGCUGGGGUAUCACGUGCGCGACCCCGGCGACGACGCAGACGAGCGCAAACUCGUUCUCUGGCGCACCAUCGUCUUCUACGACUGCCUGAUCGGGUCCACGAACGGCCGCCCCAACGCCACGUCGUGUCUGCUGGACCCGGCCUCGUCGCUGCUGUGCGACCUGAUCCACCUCUACCGCGACACCAACCGCGCGUUCCAGGCGUACGGCAAGGACCCGGCGCUGUACGAGGCGCAGAUCCUGCCGCUCGACAGCCGCAUGGCCGCCGUGCUCGGCCGCAACUACGACACAGACUCGCUGCUGCUCCGCAACUAUCGCCUCCUCAUCCUCACCAACCAGAUCAAGCUCCACUACCCGUUCUUACGUAAGCACAGGUACUCGCAGUACCAGCUGAACGCGCUGCUGUGCGCGUUUUCGUACGAGUUUGUGGACUUUGUGCGGUUUGCCAGCGAGAGGGCGCCGGUGCCCUACGUCAAGCUGCGCGAGUCGUUUGCGUUCGUGUCGUGCCACUCGUACCAGGCCCUGGCCAUUGCGAUUGCGUCAGAGCCAGCCCACACUGGAGACCGCGAUCAGCACGUAGCCGCAGAUGCGGAACUUCUCGUCGGUCUUGGCGCCGUUGCCAAGAACCGACGUGACGACCGCAAAACACACACUCACGCCGACCUGGCCAAACGUCUGCAUCACGCCCGACACAAGGCCGCGCACGUCCGGGUCGGCGGCGCCGAUCAGCACGCUGAGCGCGUGCGGGAAGAAAAAGCUGCUGCCGGCGGACCCGAGCGCCUGCAUGGGCACAAUCCACCGCCAGUAGAAGUGGCUGCGGCUGCUGUCCCAUGUAGCACACAGCGCCGUCGAGGCCACCACCCCCGAGAAGCCCAGCAUGAACGAGACGUACGGCGACAUAAUGUCGUUUUUCACCGACAGCAGCGUCGUCACGAUGAACAUGCUGAUAAGGUUUGGUCCCAGCUUGACUGCCGACAGUAUCGGCGAGUUUUGCUUCACGUACUGGUAAUACUCCGCGCUCAGCGAGAUCAGUGCAAACAGCGUGCAGUAGUUUGCAAACACGGCCACCAAAACACACACCGGCACCAGCGUCGUCAGCAGCGACUUAGGCAUCAGCGGGAUCGUCUGCUGGAAAUGCCGGCCGCCUUCUUGGAUGCGCACCAAAAUGCUUGUGUUCCAGAAAAAGAACACCACGUAGAGGAUUCCUCCCACCAACAGCGGGAUAUACGCUUUCGGCGAGUCCCACACCUCGCCGGCCUCAGUGAAGCCGACCACAAUGAGUGUCGUGGCGCUAAUCAGCAGCAGCGAGCCCACUGCGUCCAGGUUGGCCACUUUCUCGCCGGUAGGUGGUAUACGCUUGAUGAAGAAAAAACCCAGCACAGCGUCCACAAACAUCACGCCGCCGCUCAGAUAGUAGAUGCCCUUAUACCCCACAGACGUCAGGUCGAACGCGCCACCCACUAUGUACCCCACGCCAAACGAGAGGCUGAACCCGGCGGCCAGAAUAGAGAAGCGGGAGCCAAGCUUUUCUGGUGGGAACGAGCGGGAGACAAUGGCGUAGCCGGACGGCACAAGAGCCGCGGCAGCAACUCCCUGCAGGGUUCUAAACAAUAUCGCUGUCCCCAGACUGUCCACGGCACCGCAGAGUAUCGAAAAGAGAGCAAACAAUAG